AUGGCCCACGUCCGCACCAAUAAACCUGGAUAUUACGGCCCUGGGUCUGUAGAAAUUUCUCCUCCCACAAAGCCAGGAGAAGGGCCUACCCGACGGUGCAGGUUGGCGGAGGCUGGACUCGUGGAGAGACCGUUAGAUGGGAUAAACACUGUAUACGAUGUUAUCACCUACGCUUCAGAGAAACACGGAAACAGGAAAGCUCUUGGAUGGAGGGAUGUCGUCAAGAUCGUCGAGGAGGAAAAGGAAGUAAAGAAAGUCAUAGAUGGGAAGGAAGUGACGCAGAAGAAGAUCUGGAAGUACUUCGAGCUCACUGAUUACAAGUAUAUCAGCUUCAUUGAAUUGGAAGAAGCCGUUUCAGAAGUCGCUCGGGCACUUGUGCAUCUUGGUAUAACAGGAGGAGACGUUUUCAACGUAUACGCACAGACAAGUCCAAACUGGCAAAUCAUGGCACACGCGAUUGUCUCUAUUUCUGUGAUUAUGGCAACGAGCUACGACACUCUCGGUGAAGAUGGUUUGGCACAUUCACUCAAUGAGCCUGAAUGCGUCGCGCUGUUCACAAACGCGGAGCUCUUGCCGACGUUGCACAGGGUACUGGCCAAAACACCUACAAUCAAAUACAUCGUGUUCGAUGGAGAACCCAGCCAGGCGGUCAUUGACGAUCUCCACUCGGUGAGGGAAACGCUUAAGAUCUUCAGUUUGGACAAGCUUCGGGAAAUAGGAAGAACACUGUCUACAGAAACCCUUCGAGGACGCCGUCCCAAACCCGACGACCUUGCCAUGAUCAUGUAUACUAGCGGCAGCACAGGCCCACCCAAAGGCGUGUGUAUCACCCAUUCGAACCUCAUCGCAUCCGUCGGCGCCGUUUACGUGCUCAUCGGCCACCAUCUGACCUACGACGACAGCUACCUGGCGUACCUACCCCUCGCGCACGUCAUGGAAUAUAUGGUCGAACUCACCAUCCUUUUUGUCGGCAUGCCAUCUGGAUAUGGACGUGUAAAGACACUGACGGACGCGUCGGUGCGAAAUUGCAAGGGUGACAUCUGCGCUUUCCGACCGUCAAUUAUGGUCGGUGUACCAGAUGUCUGGGAAACUAUUCGGAAGGGCAUCCAGACUAAAGUAAAUAACAGCGGGUUCAUCAAGAAAGGCAUAUUUGAUAGCGCUAUGGCCGCAAAGAAGCACAACAUCCCCUUGUUCGCUCAGUUGGCCGAUAGCAUCGUUCUCGGAGGCGUCAGGGCAGCUACGGGUGGUCGUUUGAGGAUUGCUAUGAGUGGAGGAGCGGCAAUUAGCCAAGAAACACAGGAAUUUUUGAGCACGGCACUCGUCACUAUUAUCCAAGGAUACGGCAUGACGGAAUCUUGUGGAAUGUGUGCUAUCCUUCCUCCUGAGCUGAUGCGAUACUGUUCUGUCGGACUUCCAGUACCCUCUGUUGACAUCAAGCUACGUGAUGUACCAGAUGCUGGGUAUUUUUCAUCAAACGAAGUCCAACAAGGCGAAAUUUGUAUCCGUGGCCCCUCUGUUGUCGCUGGAUACUACAAACGGCCUGAUUUGAACUCAGAUGAAACCAUUUUUACGAAAGAUGGGUGGUUGAGGACAGGCGAUGUUGGGCAGUGGAAUGCUGAUGGAACACUUUCUGUUAUUGACAGAGUUAAGAACCUCAUCAAACUCGCUACCGGAGAGUACAUCGCUCUAGAGCGACUGGAAUCAAUCUACCGAUCAUGUAACCUGGUCGCUAACAUUUGUGUGCUUGCUCUACCAGAUGCAAAGCAACCUGUCGCAGUCAUCAUCCCGCACGAAGGAAACAUUCGCCUGGUUCUCAAGGCUCAUGAUGUCGAUGCCACAGCCGAGUUCUCUGAACUCUGCAAGCAACACCUCGUCCAGGAGAUCAUCAGAACAGAAUGUAAUAAUGUUGGCAAGAGGAAUGGCUUCAAGCCUAUGGAGUUGCUCCAGGCUGUCAUUCUGACGUCCGAUGAGUGGACUCCAGAAAAUGGAUUUGUCACUGCUGCUCGCAAAAUUCAACGCUCGAAAAUCUCAAAUGUGUUUAAGAAUCAGAUUGUGGUCUGGCCUGUCGCUUAG